UGCCCAGAAACGGGAAGGGGCGGGACAAAAACAACAAGAGGAGGGGGAUGCGGCGCUCUCAUCAUGGCGGGAUGCAUGAAAGUGAUAAACGGUUUUCUCUGCACGAGUGUUAAACUGACGAUUAUCACGGCGCUGCUGGCGUGUUUGCCUCACACCUCACGACAGGACACGGGUAACAAACAUCCAGUAACAGAUCUACAGGAUGGGGAGAUGUAUGUCAUGGCAGAGCCCAACAGGUUCUGUUAUACAAACGCCAUCACACCAACAUGGAGGCAGACGUGGACGAGAAUUCAGGUCAAGGUGUGGAGCUCAAAGGUGUUUAAGGUGGACACCGUGGAAGGUGAAGAGAAGCUGCAGGAGCUGGACCGCUUUAGUUUUUGGGGCUGGUUUCAGGGCUUGUUACGUGAGCGGCACAACGAAACCACUAUCAACAUCGGCCUGUUCAGCAAAAAGACGUGCUUCAAGAUCGAGCCUACUGACAAAACUCCGUACACCAUCAAGCCCCUUCGAAAGUUUGACAUCUACCUGUUUUUGAUAUUCCUCUCUGGAGUAUUGUUGUUCAUCUUUGCAGACUCACUCAGCAGGAGUCAAAUCUUCUUCUACUCUGCCGGUAUGAGCACUGGCAUGAUCGCCUCUCUCAUCAUCCUCUUUUUCAUUUUGGCACGCUUUUUGCCAAAGAAAAGCCCUUUUUACGUGUUGAUUGUCGGCGGCUGGUCGUUUUCUCUUUACGCCAUCCAGCUUGUCUGCAGGAACCUCAAAAUGAUUCUGCAAGAACAUUGGCCUAUGGCGUUAGGUUACGUCACAGUGGUGGGAUUCGUCAGUUUCGCCGUGUGUUACCGUUACGGUCCUCUGGUGGAUCAGAAGAGCAUUAACAUCUUGUCGUGGACACUGCAGCUGUUCGGCCUGCUCCUGAUUUAUCUCGGGAUUCAAAUCCAGCAAGUCGCCUUCGCCAUCAUCGUGGCAGCUUUCGUCUCCAAAAACCUGGAGUACCCAAUCUUUAUGAUCAUCGCUGCGUGCAGGAAAAUCAGAAAGCAUGUCCACUGGAAGCCGGAGCCUCGUCGCCUGUUGACUGAGGAGGAGUACCAGAAGCAGGGCGAGGAGGAGACUCGGCGUGCACUGGAGGAGCUGAGGAAGUACUGCAACAGCCCAGAGUGCAGCCCGUGGAAGGCCGUGUCCAGGCUUCAGUCUCCGAAAAGGUUUGCUGAUUUCAUCGAAGGGUCCCCACACUUGAUGCCAAACGAGGCGUCCGUCCACGCGCAGGAAUACGGCUUCGGAGGACCUUUUUUCGAGGAUGAACUUUUCGACACAGACGACGAGGAAGACUACAUGGAUUCGAAGCCGAUGAUGAUGAAACCGGAGUGAGGCGGCUUCAGUGUUGAAGAACUAAAACAGUUGUUGUUGCCUUUCAGAAAGGUGGCUGGAGGAAACGGCUCCCUGUGCAAACUGACUACGAGUGAUUACUGUGGAGGCUGGAACGAUCGCAGGCAGGACGGUGCGGUCAGAUCUGAUGAGUAGUAUUUUCAAAGAAAGUGCACUAAAGCCAGAUCUCUUCUUUUUUUUUUUUCCCCGGGAACAAGCUUCUGCUAAAAUUCGGUGAAGCUCCACGACCGAGAGCAGUUUGAGGUGUCAAAGCAAGAGAACUUUUUACUGUGUGAUGGUAGUUUGUGUUGUCUUUAUCUUAGAGGAGGUUUUUCCGUUUUCUUUUUGUGUUCACAGACUUUAAAAGGGCUCACUGCAGUGAGAUCAUCCAAAUUACACGUGCAGUGCAACUCGUGAUAAGUUCAUAUCUCUCUGAACAGCAGCAUGAUGGUUAUUAUUUUUAACCUCUCUUCUUCGGGGGAGGAAAUGUUUGUAUUUCACUGUUUUCAUUUUAACGGACAUAAAUCAGUGUGAACGUGUCCCAAAGUAUUUUGUAUAAAAAAUAAAUAAAUAUUUGCGCUCCGACGUGAA